UGCCCACGCCUGGCGCCCUGCCGGAGAUGCUGCGCUCCUGAGCGGCCGCGCUUCAUUUGUAUUUCCGCAGCUUGUGAGCGCGGAGCCCGCACUCCCAGCCGCCCGGAGAGGAGCCGAGCAGUUGUAUUCCUCUCCCUCCGGCGGAGUAGCUGUCUCCAGGAAUUAAGAUCCCUUCUUGCCUGCGAUCGCCAGUUCUUCAAUGGAAAUGGAUGAAAAUGAAAGUAACGAGUCAUGGGUGACAAGUGGCCAGUGUCCUGGCGAUGCAGCACAAAAAGGACAAAAUUCAGCACAGGAUUCUGGUGAAACUGAUUCUUCUAAGUUGUCCAAGAAAAGCUUCAAGCUGGAUUACAGACUAGAGGAAGAUGUAACUAAAUCAAAGAAGGGGAAAGACGGGAGGUUUGUGAACCCGUGGCCGACAUGGAAGAAUCCGUCCUUUUCCAAUGCUCUUAAGUGGCUGAUCACGGAGAAGAAUCACAGCAGUGUUCCGAGCUGCAAAGAGGAACUUGACAAAGAACUCCCAGUACUUAAACCCUAUUUUAUUGAUGACCCUGGAGAAGCCGGAGUGCGGGAGGCAGGCUUAAGGGUCACCUGGCUUGGCCACGCGACGCUGCUGAUCGAAAUGGAUGAGCUCAUCUUCCUCACAGAUCCUAUGUUCAGCUCUCGUGCCUCCCCGUUCCAGUACCUGGGUGCGAGGCGGUUCCGUCCUCCCCCGUGCACGGUAGCGGAACUCCCCCCGAUAAAUGCCGUCCUCAUCAGUCACAACCACUAUGACCACCUGGACUACAACUCUGUCGUUGCCUUGAACGAGCGAUUUGGAAAUGAACUGAGGUGGUUCGUGCCUUUGGGUCUCCUUGACUGGAUACAAAAAUGUGGCUGUGAGAAUGUCAUUGAGCUGGACUGGUGGGAGGAGAAUUGUGUCCCUGGCCACGAUCAGGUCACUUUUGUCUUUACGCCUUCGCAGCACUGGUGCAAGAGGACUCUAAUGGAUGAUAACAAGGUUCUGUGGGGCAGCUGGUCUGUCCUGGGGCCUUGGAAUCGAUUUUUUUUUGCAGGAGAUACUGGUUAUUGCUCUGCAUUUGAAGAGAUAGGAAAAAGAUUUGGACCUUUUGACCUUGCAGCUAUUCCUAUUGGAGCUUACGAGCCAAGGUGGUUUAUGAAAUACCAGCACGUAGACCCAGAAGAAGCCGUGAGGAUUCACAUCGACGUCCAAGCAAAGAAAUCCGUGGCCAUUCACUGGGGGACUUUUGCCUUAGCUUAUGAGCAUUACUUAGAGCCUCCAGUGAAACUGAGCGAAGCUUUGGAAAGAUACGGACUUAAGACUGAAGAUUUUUUUGUCUUGAAGCAUGGAGAAUCAAGAUACUUAAAUACUGAUGAUUAAAACUUUGAAUAAAGAUGUGCAUAGGAGCUUUUAAUGAAAAAGGUAUCAUUGAUAUUGGAAAACAAAUGAAAAGACUAAGAAAUUCAUGAGUGUUGACUUUUUCAUUAGCAAGCAGCUUCUGCAAGUGUGUGUUUUAUGUUUUAUGUAAUAACUUGCUUACCAAUGUGAUGUCCAGCUAAUGAAAACUGUGAAGGCAGUUCAGGGGUGGGUCAUUUAAAUAAUGAGUUGGCCAAUGUGGAUAUAGAAAUAUAUCAGUGGGUAAGCAUUUCAGUAGAAAUUUUUUUAACUAAAGCGUUAUACUUCAGUGGUUGUAGAAUUUUCUGAGGUUAUGAAAAACUGCUAUUAAAAAUCCACCUGUUUUUCUAUUUAGGGCAUUCUUUAAGGCUGUCUGCCUACAUCUUUUCAGAGGCCUACACACACACAACUAAUACUCACAUUGUAAGUGAUACAGUUGACUCCCACAUGCUUAUAAACAUAGCAUUUCUUGCUCUAUCAGGAUUAGCUUACAUGCCAAAUGUUAGGUGAUAUAUUUUCGUAAGCAUAAAAACAUAGGUGUUUGGGCUAAAUUACCAUUUUUAAAGACUACUU